AGAAAGGCUUAUAUCAACGUAGAAUCGCAAAGGAAAUGCCAAUAUGACUAGUUUAAGCCAUGUUGUCUAAGCUUCCGAUAUUGCUUCUCUUACUAUUCCUAAGCCUAACCUUAACAGUAGUACCAGCUCCAUCCCAAGAUGAUCAUGGUGAUCUCAGUUUUGUCUUCAAUGGAUUCAAGCCAGCCAACCUGGUCCUCGACGGCUUAGCUGAAAUAACCUCCAAUGGCCUGUUGAAGCUCACGAACGACACGCAACAUCAUAUGGGUCAUGCUUUCUUUCCCAAAUCAGUAACCUUCAAGCCCACCCCGAACAGUACCGUUUCUUCAUUCUCCGCCACAUUCGUCUUCGUCAUCAGAUCGCAGAUUGCUACUCUGAGCGCUCACGGCAUCGUUUUCGCGAUCGCUCCGACGAGAGGUCUUACCGGAGCUCGUGCGAGCACGUACCUUGGCCUUUUUAAUGAAUCCAACAAUGGAAACGCCGCCAACAAAGUCGUUGCCGUCGAGCUCGAUACUAUUAAAAGCGGCGAGUUCGAAGACAUCGACGACAAUCACGUGGGGAUUGACAUUAAUGAUUUAAGGUCGGUUAAAGUUGAACCGGCGAAAUAUUUCGACGAAAAAAAAGGUGGGUUUACGAACUUAUCUCUUAUAAGUGGUAAACCGAUGAAAGUAUGGGUCGAAUACGACGCUGUUAAGAAGCAGAUGGACGUGACUUUAGCUCCGGCUGAAGCUGUGAAACCCCAAAAACCGCUUUUGUCUUUGACCAAAGAUCUUUCGCCGAUCAUCGAUGAUACCAUGUAUAUUGGUUUUUCUUCCUCAACCGGCACUGCUGUAAGUUAUCACUAUAUUCUGGGUUGGAGCUUUAAGAUCAACGGCAAGGCUCAAGAGCUUGAAUUAUCCCAACUCCCGAAGCUGCCUCGGGUCGGACCCAAACCAAAAUCCAAGCUUUUAACAAUUGGGUUACCGGUAAUUUGUUCGAGCUUGGUGGCUCUAGUUAUCUUUGCUUUAGUUCAUUUCAUCAAAGAAAAGAGAAAAUAUGCAGAGGUAAUUGAAGAUUGGGAACAAGAAUAUGGACCCCAUAGGUAUAGAUACAAAGAUUUGUACAUGGCCACGAAUGGUUUCAAGGACAAAGAUUUAUUAGGUGCCGGAGGAUUUGGUAGAGUGUAUAAAGGAGUAUUACCCUCCAAAACAGAGAUCGCUGUUAAAAGAGUCUCUCACAAAUCCAGACAGGGCAUGAGAGAAUUCGUGGCUGAAAUCGCCAGUCUCGGCCGGCUCGGGCACCGAAAUGUGGUGCCGCUUUUGGGCUAUUGUCGCCUGAAAGGUGAGCUUCUUUUAGUCUACCAUUACAUGCCUAAUGGCAGCCUAGACAAGUACCUAUUCGACAAACCAAAAAAGACACUAAAUUGGAACCAAAGAUUUCGGAUCAUAAAGGGAGUUGCCUCGGGUCUGUGCUAUCUUCACCAUCAAUGGGAACAAGUCGUCAUCCACCGUGACGUGAAAGCCAGUAACGUACUACUUGACGGCGAGUUAAACGGCCGGUUAGGAGACUUCGGUUUAGCUAGAUUGUACGACCAUGGAACUGAUCCUCAAACAACGCACGUGGUUGGAACAUUCGGAUACCUAUCCCCGGAGCAUGCCCGAACCGGAAAGGUCACAACAAGCUGCGACGUCUAUGCCUUCGGUGCUUUUUUGCUCGAAGUGGCAUGCGGACGACGACCCAUUGAAGGGAGAGGAACGACAGAGGAGGAGCUGGUUUUGGUGGACUGGGUUUUUUCGUGUUGGUGCAGAGGGCAGAUUAUCGAUGCCUUGGAUUCGAACCUGAUAGAAUCAGAUUCUGCCAGAGUUGGAGUCGUACCAGAGGAAGCAGAGUUGGUAUUGAAACUUGGGUUGUUCUGUUCACAUUCGGAACCGGAGAUGAGACCGAGCAUGAGGGAAGUGGUGUCGUUUUUAGAGAGAGAUGUGCCGUUGCCAGACCUGUCGACGAUGGGAUUGACUUUUGGGCAUAGAAAUGGGUUCGAUGAGUUUGCGAUGUCGUAUCUGUCGUCGUCAUCUGUGGUCGAGUCAGUCCUCUCUGGUGGCCGUUGAAUCUGAAUUUUAAUGCGUGAACUGUGUGAGAACCGAUUUGGCUGUCUUUCACAGUACAUUGUUAAAAGGUAAAAUACAAUCAAUAUACAUUGCUAGCUUUCUAGGAUGAUAAUGAUUAACAAAUGUUUUUGUUUUAAUAGUACAUUUGUUGUUACUUUGUUUAGUUUUUGUCAAUAGUGAAAUUUUGAACCAUAAAUUAAUUAAUUUAUUAAGAGUAUGUCUCGCAUGCGUAUGCAUUACUUGGAAUGGAAUCUAAACAAAUACAAUGAUAUUUUUGGGUAUGGUUUUUA